UUAAGAUCCACAUUGAGCAGUUUACUCUGUCACACUCAGUGGAGCUGCGAGGCUGUUCUGGUCCUGGCAUUAAAGGUGACAGCAAAGAGACAUGGCUGUCCAUGAGACCAGCAUGCGGCUGAAGCUGCCCAUCGUCUGCAUCAUCCUGGAGGUGAUCCUCAUCAUCCUGUUUGCUGUGCUGGUGACCUACGAUGACGACACGGACGCCAGGAAGUGGCACAAAGAGCUGAAAGCCAACAGAACCACCAACUAUGAAAACGACUUCUACUACCGUUACCCAAGCUUCCAGGACGUGCAUGUGAUGAUCUUCAUCGGCUUCGGCUUCCUCAUGACCUUCCUGCAGCGCUACGGCUUCAGCAGCGUGGGCUUCAACUUCCUGAUCGCCGCCUUCUCCCUGCAGUGGGCCACGCUCAUGCAGGGCUUCCUCCACGGCAUGCACCACGGCAAGAUUCACAUCGGGGUGGAGAGCAUGAUCAACGCGGACUUCUGCACCGGUUCUGUCUUGAUCUCCUUCGGAGCUGUGCUAGGAAAGACCAGUCCAGUACAGCUGCUGAUAAUGGCUGUGUUUGAAGUAACACUCUUUGCCAUUAAUGAAUUCAUUAUCCUCUCUGUCCUGGAGGCAAAAGAUGCGGGAGGCUCCAUGACGAUCCACACAUUCGGUGCCUACUUUGGGCUGGUUGUUGCCCGGGUGCUCUAUCGCCCCCAGCUGCACAAGAGCAAGCACAAAAAUGGUUCAGUUUACCAUUCAGAUCUUUUUGCCAUGAUUGGUACGAUCUUCCUCUGGAUGUUCUGGCCCAGCUUUAAUUCGGCCGUCACGGAACACGGCGACGAUCAGCACCGCACCGCCAUGAACACCUACUACUCCUUGGCCUCCUGCACACUGGCCACCUUCGGCAUCUCCGCACUGGUCAACAAUGAAGGCAAGCUGGACAUGGUUCACAUCCAGAAUGCAGCACUCGCGGGAGGCGUGGCCGUGGGCACCGCCGGCGAGAUGAUGCUGACGCCUUUCGGCUCUAUGAUUGUGGGCUUCCUGGCUGGAACCAUUUCCACCCUGGGCUUCAAGUUUCUGACGCCCAUAUUGGAGGAGAAGCUGCGCAUUCAGGACACCUGCGGAGUUCACAACCUCCACGGCAUGCCAGGCAUCCUGGGAGCCAUUGUGGGGGCAAUCACUGCCUCUGUGGCAUCUACGAAUGUCUACGGUGAUGGAAUGAAGGACGUGUUCCCUAACAUCGCAGAAGGUACCUUCACGCCCUCUGGGCAAGGUGUGCGACAGGCCAUCUCCCUGGCAGUUACGCUGGGCUUCGCAGGCGUGGGAGGGGUGAUCGUGGGUUUCAUUCUGAAGUUGCCCUGUCUUGGGUCACCUCCUGACACCAUAUGCUUUGAAGACAACAUCUACUGGGAGGUGCCAGGAGAUGAGGAAUCCCACCAGGAACUGGCUCAGGUGCAGCAGGGGGACGUGGUCAGUCCACUCAAUGGCUGAGCAUCACAACAGGUCACCCCUAGUUCACCCAUCUUAUUCUUUGCCGAAACGUUUACAGCAGCUCAGAUCUGGUCUUCCCCUGCUAAGAUCUUCUGUCAGUGGGCCUACUACUCAACUGCGUGAAUUUCCUGUGUGUAUGUCUAUGUAUGUCUGUACAUAGUUUUUAAAAGUCAUGCUAGAUUUAGUUUUUUAUGUGGAAUUAUUUGUAUGGUCUGUUUUUGCCAUUGUCUGACCAGAUUUAACGCUGAUAUUUUUGUGGUGCUGGAGAUGUAAUAGCAUUUGCAUUUAUUCAUGUUUUAGAUAAUCAAAUAUACAUAUUUCUCUACAUCCUUCAUAUAAAUACAUAUAUAUAAUACUGGUUAUACUACCAAUAUGUUCCUAAGAAUAAAUAAAUAUCAAGGAUAAGAAACAAUACUUUUAUUAUUAAAUAUAACCACCAGAUGGCGUCUCAAUGUCAAGGUGCUCCUUUUUAAAAAGUGGCUUUUUGGUGACGAUCCGCCUUGCACUUAUACUGUCGUGCAUAGAGGUUGUUUUUUUUUUCCUUUUUCUUAAUAUGAUAAUAUGCCAAAAGUGUUCGGCAGUCAUGGAAAUAGGUUUAAUAAACAUGAAAAAAAAAAUAAAAACCAAAAAUCUUAUUUUCCUUCUGGAACUUUAAAUAAAUUGUGAAUUUGUAAUAUUUUACUCACCUAUCAAAGUUCGUUUUAUAUGCAUGCUAUUUAAAAACACAAAUAUGACAAAUUUACAUGUUGUUUUGCUUUGUCUAGGCUGAUUCAACUUAAUCAUUAAGCAGUUUUAUCUAAUUCCAGUAGCCUGAUAAAAUAUGAAAUUUUACGUAUGUACUGAAAUGUACUGAUACCGCUUUUGACAGGUUCACAAAUUUUGCAUAAUUUUCAUAUAUGGCUGCAUAUUAUGCAUAUUAACUUUGUCUACUUACCCAAACUGCAAAUAUCCACAGCUUACCUGACAUACAUAUCCAAUCAUUACGAAAUCAUAAAUAAGAGAUUUCAAAUAAAGGGAUUUAAAUACAUUUUUUAUUAUUAUUUUCAGACAUGGAUAGGAUCAAAGUAAAUCUAAGAAACAUA